AUGAGGAUUCUUACCUAUAACGUGAGAGGGUUGGGUAAUAGUGUUAAAUGGCGAAUAAUCCGUGAGAUGAUCACUAAGGAGGAGGUGAACUUUGCUUGUUUCCAAGAAACCAAAUUGGAAGCUAUUGAUACUUGGCUAUGUAGAGCCUUAUGGGGAGAUGAUUCUUUUGAAUGGACUUUCACGCCAGCGGUUAACAGAGGCGGCGGUCUGUUGUGUUUGUGGCUUAGGGGCACCUUCAAUCUGAUCCGGAGUUACUUAGGCAGUGGGUUUAUCUGUUUGCAAGGAGUGUGGGGGGAUGGUAAUUUACCCUACGCUAUUGUCAAUUUUUAUGGAUCUUGUACUCUACAGGAAAAGAUUCUUCAAUGGGGGGAGCUCACAGCUCUAAGGGCAAGGCUCUUGUCUCACCUUUGGUGUAUUGUAGGGGACUUCAAUUCUGUCCGUUCUCCGGAAGAAAGAAUAGGUAUCUCCAGCGGACCAGACUCCUCCCGUAGAGACACUGAUGAAUUCAAUGGAUUCAUUAAUGAUAUGGAACUUCUGGAUUUACCCUUGGUUGGGAGAAAAUUUACAUGGUUCCGACCGAAUGGACACGCUAUGAGCAGAUUGGAUAGAGCUCUUGUGUCGAGUGAGUGGAUGGAGGCUUGGCCAAACUGUUUUCUUCAUGUCCAAAGAAGAGAUGUUUCCGAUCAUUGUCCGUUGAUCCUCAAGGUGUCUAAUCACAAUUGGGGUCCCAAACCUUUUCGGACCAUCAAUGGUUGGUUACAAGAUCCUAGGUUCAGAGAUUAUGUAGAGAAGGAGUGGAAUAAUUUGCAGUUUCAAGGUUGGGGGGCAUUCAUUCUUAAGGAAAAAUUAAAAGAUCUUAAAACAAGAUUGAAGUCUUGGAACACUGAGGUCUUUGGAAACUUAACCACACAAAAGAAUUUACUGGCUAGCAAACUCGAAGAGUUGGAUAGAAAAGCAGAUGAGGAGGGGUUGUUAGAGGAAGAGAUAAGGACGAGGAAGAAUACACAAGCUGAUUUUUGGAAAGUUGCUAGGCUCAAUGAGCCUCUUCUCCACCAAAAGGCUAGACAAAGGUGGGUAAAGGAGGGGGAUUCCAACUCCAAGUAUUUCCAUUCUCUUGUUAGAUGGAAAAGAAGGAAGAAUGCUAUUGUGGGAUUAAAUGUAGAUGGUGUGUGGUAUGAAGAACCAACAACAGUGAAGUUAAAAGUGAAAGAAUAUUUUGAAAGAAAAUUCAGCAAAGAUGAUGUCGUGGCCCCAAGGCUUGAUGGAGUCAAUUUCAAUCAAUUAUCCAGCGCAGAUAACGCAUUUCUUACGACACCAUUUGAUUUGGAAGAGAUUAAGAAAGCGGUGUGGGAUUGUGAGGGUGACAAAAGCCCUGGACCCGACGAUUAUAACUUUCAUUUCAUCAAGUCUUUCUAG